CUUAAAGGGCCUCAGCCACUUUGCUAGGGUCCUGUGUGGUGCCCCCUGGCCAGCAGUCUUCUCUGCCCCCUCCUUCCUCUCCCCCUCCCACUUAGGAGGAGGGCCAGGGCCCCAACCGUUGUCAGAGGAGGCGGAAGAGCUCCUUCCGCUGGCAGGAAGUGGUUACCACCUUGGAGGGGGGGGCGGGGAAGACAGAAAUAAAGCAGCUUUUCACACCCCCCAAAGGGGGAUGGGGGCACUGGGUGGCAAAGGGCACAUCAACUUGCACGCCAUCUCUCCUGUCACCCCAAACUGCGGUCCGGGGCAGUAAAAGAAAGUGCCUCCAACGCUUUGGAAUAAUCCUAUGCUGUCCUCUUCCCCCCCAGGGGCUGAUAGCGGGUCUCCACCUCUGCCACUGGGUUUGUGGGGGUGUGUGGGGGGGAGGGGAGUUGGUUCAACCGCCCUACGGCAAGGUUUGAGUAGCAAACGGGGUGUGUGUCUGGGAGUGGGGGAAGAGACAGUGAGAGUGAGUGCCCCAGCCACGGACCCUUGUUAGAGGGGGCGGCCACUCGCAGGCACUAGCUGCACAUCGGGCAGGACAAGCCAAAGCCUAAGCAUCUUCCCGGCUGCCCCUCCCCUCUUGGGCCCCGGAUCCUCCCCCUCUUCUCCCCUGCCCUCCCCUCCCCCUGCUUCCCUCCACGAUCUCAUUUCUGUUUUCUCUCUGACUUCGGCGGGCCCCACUGGGUGCUGAGCCGAGGAGGGGCAGACCCGGGGCCGCGAGAGAGGGGAGCCUGCUCAGGGUGCACAGACUGGCAGGCAGCGGUGGCACUCUGGGGCCAGCGUGCCCCCCUUCUCCCCGGCGAGAGCACGUGCGGAGCCCGAAGCCUUAGUUCUAUCCGUCGGAGAGACGGAGUGGCGACCUCGGCCAAGGCGGGGAGCGCUCGCCAGCCUCCGCUCCCCGCAGCAAUACCCGUCCCAAGGCACCACCUGCCAUCGCCGUCUCCCCGGUCACGGCCAUGGCCUCUCACGGCAAACUGAGGAAGGAGCGGGGAUCGCUGACUGACUAUGAAUCUCAGGUCAAAGAGAUCCGAUGGCAGUUGGCAGAGCAGCUUCGGAGCCUGGAUGGUCUAGGGGAGCUUCGGAGGGAGCUGCUUCAGGAUCUGGGCGAGUUCAUGCGGCGCAGGGCUGAGGUGGAGCUGGAGUACUCCAAGGGACUCGAGAAGCUCAGUGAGAAGUUCCUGGCCCGAGGGGGCCGGACCAGUGGCAAGGACCGGGACCAGCAGAACUUCCGGAAGGAGCCGUCCCUUCUGUCUCCCCUGCACUGCUGGUAUGUGCUGCUGCAGCAGACUCGGCAGGAGAGCCGGGAUCACGGGGCCCUCAGCGAGGUGCUGGCCGGGCCCCUGGCCCAACAGCUCAGUCACAUUGGAGAGGACGUAGGGCGUCUGGUGAAGAAGAGUAAAGAUCUGGAACAGCAGUUACAGGAAGACCUGCUCAAAGUGGUGUUAGAGCUGCAGAUGGCCAUGAAAACCUACCAGACAUACAGGGCAGAGAGCGUGACCUCUGAGGGAAAGCUGAGAGAGGCCGAGCGACAAGAGGAAAAGCGAGCUGGCCGCUGCGGGGAAUUCAGCACCUCGCAAGGUGUAGAUGGCUAUGGCUGGGCUCCUCCUCGAAGAACCUCUCUCAAGAAAGGUGGACGCCUUAUAGAGAAGCGCCAGGCCAAGUUUUUAGAACACAAGCUGAAGUGUACCAAGGCGCGGAAUGAAUACCUGCUCAGUUUGGCCAGUGCCAAUGCAGCCAUCAGCAACUACUACCUGAGAGACGCUGUCGCCAUCAUAGAUUGCAGUGAUCUGGGCUUCCACCUGGCUCUGAGCAAGGUUCUUCGUGGCUACACAGCAGCUGUGACCCGGGCCAAGACCUCCCCUGGGCAGGGCCCGAGCAAGCUGGAUGUAGCCUUGGACACCCUGGACCCAGAAGGAGACAAAAGCAAAGUGUUGGAGCUCCACGCCUCUGCCUACUGUCCACCUUUCCGAUUUGAAUACCAACCCUAUGAAGGGGAUGAGGUGUCUGAGGUCCAGGUGCCUGUAGACCUGGAAGAUGAAAUUCUUCCUCGAGCCAAGAAUAUUCAAGCCCGCCUGGAUCAACAGAACAUUGAAACUGGGGAGGUCAAUAAGACGCUGAAGGCAAGCCUGCAGUCCCUGCUGGAUCAGGCCUCCUCGGAUGACAGUGAUGUGUUAGAUGCCUUCCAGGCCAGCCCAUCCACCGAAUCACUCAAGUCCACGGGAUCUGAUCCUGGCUGUAGGCAGCUCUCACGGAGACGUGGCCAGCAGCAGGAGACGGAGACCUUCUAUAUCCUGAAACUCCAAGAAUAUCUGAGCUGCAGAAGCAUCCUUACCAAGCUACAGGCAAAACAUGAGAAACUACAGGAGGCCAUUCAGAGAGGCAACAAGGAAGAUUGUGAUGGGUCUCGGGCCCGCUGUUCUAUGACUAGAUCCCAAAGGAAUCGGCGUCCUCGGCCUAGCUCCCAAUACAACCACAAACUCUUUUCAGGAGACAUGGAGAAAUUCAUCCAGAGUUCAGGUCAAGCUGUCCCCUUGGUAGUCGAAAGCUGUAUCCGCUUCAUCAAUCUGCAUGGUCUCCAACAUGAGGGCAUUUUCCGAGUACCUGGAGCACAACUUAGGGUUACAGAAAUCCGGAAUGCCUUUGAGAGAGGCGAGGACCCCUUGGUCGAGGGCUACUCGGCCCAUGACCUGGACUCCGUGGCUGGUGUACUGAAGCUUUAUUUCCGUGGCCUGGAGACACCACUUUUUCCAUCAGAAAUGUUUGGGGAGAUGCUGGCUGCUGUGGAGCUGGAGAACCCUGGAGAGAGGGCAGAGCUUGUGAAAGGCGUCCUGGGCCGCCUGCCAGGGCCCGUGUUGGUGGUCCUCCGUUAUCUCUUUACCUUCCUUAAUCACCUGGCCCAGUACAGUGAUGAAAACAUGAUGGACCCCUACAACCUGGCUGUGUGCUUUGGGCCCACACUGGUGGUUAUUCCACCUGAGCAAGACCCCGUGGCGGUACAGGGCCGGGUAAACCAGCUAGUUCAGAUGCUCAUCCUGCAGCCUGACCUGAUCUUCCCAAGCCCCGCUGUGCUGCCGGGGCCCCUCUAUGAAAAGUGCAUGACUCAACCACACGAUGAUUUUGGGGAUACUCAACUGGACGCCACGGCAGAAGAGAGUGAGCAGGACGUGCCCACGGAGACAUCGGCUAAUAAAGAGGAGACUCCUGUUCUAUCUCUAGAGAGCUCUGGGUCGCCCCCAGAGAGUUCUGCCCCAGUCCUGGAGUGUGAGGGGUCUGUAGAGGCUGUGGCUUGCUUUGACUACGUGGGCCGGACGCCCCAGGAGCUGACUUUCCAGCGUGGGGACUUACUAUGGCUGCAUACCCGGGCCUCUGGAGAGUGGUGGCGUGGGGAGCGGGCAGGCACCCUGGGGCUCAUCCCCCACAAGUACAUCAAAGUGCCCGAAAAGCCAGGGAAUCGAGUGGUUUUACAGGAGGGACAGGGAGAAGGUGAAUUGGUCUCCAAAUCUGAGGACCUCACAAUGGAGCCAGUGAGCCGCAUGCGCACAAAUUCAGAAGGUGGCUAUGGCAGGGCUCGCCCCCAAGCGAGCAGUGGCAGUCCAGUUGGCAAAUUGACUUCACCUUUUCUGGAUCCUACCCACCACCCUUUGACCUUGACAUCAGCUGGCCGAGCUGUGAUACCUGGUGACAGACCAGAGCGUCGAAACACGAUGGAGAUGCCAGGACCCUCUGGGUGCAACUGGCGCUGCCCAGCCAUCAUCACCAGUGAUAAGAAAUUGGAGGUUGACAAGAACGUGGCCCAGAGGAUGGAAUCUGUCUUUAAGGAGCUCUUGGGGAAGGCCAAUGCCCAGCAGGUGCAGAAGACUUCUGAUACCCUCUUGAGUUCCUCUGAGGUCUCCAGCUCCAUUCAACACAGCAGGAGGCCCAUGGGACCCACUCGAACCGGGAAGAACAAGGUUUUCUUCAGAGCUACCGGGGGCCAGGACUGAUCUUGAGCUCCUCAUCUGCCAUUCUGCUGUGGCUGGGCACGUACCCGCCAUCACGCGGGUGUUUCUUCAUAGGUGUAUUGGGCCUCACCUGUGUUCUUCACUUGCCUUUCUACCCAAACCCCUCUACCCACAUCCUUUUCCCUUUUCUUUCCCUCAAGAAACCUGAAUAAAAUGGAAGGUACCGCUGGGCAAAUACCUCA